UUUUUUGUUUGGGUUUGCCAUUAUUUGCGUAUCGUUUCCGUUAAAACUGUUUAUUUUCAAUAUGAACGAGCAGAGUAAUAAGAAAAUUUUGUUCAACAAAUCAACAUUAAUCAGUUUAAAAGCCGAACUUUUGAAGAAGCAGGAAGAAGUGAAUGAGAAGAAACAGCUUCCUCACAACAGAAUUGAAAACUUCAAACCUCCCCCUCCAAAAUCAAGCGAGAAAAACAAUGAUCCCUCAAAAUCUAAGAAAUCUUUUCAGGACAGUCUCAAAGUUAUUGACACAGAGGAGUUGGAAGCUUGUAAAAAGUCUAAAGCUGCAUUAGAGAAGAAAGCUGAGCUCUACAAGCAUCUGUCAGAUAGUGCAGGCAACUCGCAGCUGGCUGGUCACUUCCUCGUUGAUUUCAAUAGCAAGAAGCAGCAAGAGACUCCUAGAGAACGUUCUCCAUCACCUGAACCUGAGAUAAGAGAAGAAGAUGAUGAUAACAGUGAAUGGACUGAAUUCACUGACUGUUUGGGGCGCACACGCAAAUGUCUGAAGACUGAUCUACAAUUGUACAUGGACCAGGAUAAAGAACUCAUGCGAGUCAUGAACAAAGAACAACGAUAUGACAAGGCUGUAGGCAAUUCUGAGGAAACCAAGACAUCAGAAAAGCCAUUAUUGGUCCAGAAAACAAAUGACUACUUGCAAUCAUUGAGGGCGAAGUGGGAAGAAAAAGAAAGAGAUCUCCUUUCCAAAGAUAAAGAUAUACAUUAUCAGGAUGUAUUGUUUGAUGAGGCGCGGAUGCACGGUGUGGCCUAUUACUCGUUCAGUACGGACGAGACGGAGCGGCGCAAGCAGAUGGAGGAGCUAAUGAAGCAGCGCGAUGAGACGCUUAAGGCUCAGAAGGAGUCUGAGGAGAAGAGGAAAAAACGGGACGAGCUGAUCGCUGCCAGAGUAGCUGCGGCGAGAGCAAGACAGCGUAUGAGAGCCGGUUUGCCGCCUGAAGACCCUGAAGAACAAAACAGAAAAGACUUUACGACAUGCCUACUAGAGUUCUUGACGCAGCAAAAGAACGAGGCCGAGGCAAAAGCUAAAGAGGAAGAAAAUAAACUAAGAGAAGAGAAAGAAAAGGAAAGGCAAAAAAUACGCGAGACUUAUAUCCGAGAGUGGGAUGUCGGCAAAGACGGCGUCAACGAAAAGAAAAGAUUCAGGGAGAUGAGUCAAGAGGAGUAUGUUGAGCAACAAAGGUCUAAAAGGGAUAAUGAGUUUGCGCCGCCACAAACUGCCACUAGCAGUAAAUCUGACACCUUUGAUUUCAAAGGAAGAAAGGUGAAAUCGUCAGAAAGUAACGCGACAAGCAAAUCUUGGGCUGACGUCAGGCCGAAACCGCGAACUCCACCGCCACCGGAUAUUAGCGACUAUCAGGAACAGAAGGGACUCUACUUUUCAACCGCAAAAAACACCUUUGCACCUAAGGAUUUGUAUAGAAAUUUUGUAAAAGCGCAAGACCCGACUCCUAUAUUUAAUGAAGUGGAGGAUCAUAGUAAGAAGUUAGAUGACGUGAAUUUGGAAAGGCAUCUAGCAGAGAACCAUGCUGAAAUAGCUCCUCCCCCAACAUACGAUUACUACGGUCCAGUGGCGAAACGUUCUCGGCAGCAUGACCAAAACCCUUUUACGUCAGAUUUGACGGAGGCGUAUGAGCAAGGCGUUAAAAGUUUACACAAAGGACCCAGCAGUCGUAAAUUGUCACAAAUUUAUGAUUUUGCUAUGGAAUAAGUUAAAUCAAAACAUUGUUGAUUAAAAUAAGACACACACUUAAUAAUUGGGCUGGUAGGAAAAUUUGUCGUCUUGCGGGACAGACUUAACGCGUCUAAGCCAUACUACCAGAUCUUCGAUUUUUAUUUGUCUUUAAUAACUUGGCUUCUUGGCUUGGUUAGAAUAACAUAAUAUCAAAGUUCGUGAACCAGUGAUGUAUUAACACAAUUAGUGUAAACUCAACCGACUGAACUAUGACAUAUUUUAAUCAGUCAGUUAUUAUAUUACGGUAGAAAUCAACUCAUGUGAUUCAUUGAUAGAAUCUGCUCUACGAAUAACGUCGAAUAUGUACAUUACAUACCAUGUAGGUACAUUAAUUAUUAAAAAUCUUAGUGCAAUUAACUGUAAAAGUGAUUUAUCAAUGACUUAGAUUUCAAUGAUAGGUAGUAUGUUAAUAAGUACUAACAUAAAUACGAGAAGUAAUUAUUAUUUUGGGUUUGUAUUUAAAAAAUAAUAAUUUGCAGGACGCAGCUACAAAUUAACGUCGCCCAAGCUUUGUCGAUCUGUUAUUCUAAUCAAGCGAAAUUUUACCGAGUAUAAUUACCUCCAAUACGUUUUUAUAGAAAAUUGUACUAGCUCUUCUAUUUCUGGGUCCACAGUAAAUUGCCAGCCCUUACCUGUUGUAUUGAGCGCUGGGCAAUAGAAAUUCAAGCCCCUUUGAUCAGUAAAUACUAUAUAUGUUGUAUUGUAGAGGUAUAUUAAUUUAAUUACAUCCAAUAUUACAAACUGUCUAGAA